CGAUCGGACAGACUCACCAUCCACAGAAGAAGAGCUCGAAUUCAGUGCUGUAUUUAUUCGUCGAUUCGAUUGGCUAGGCUGCUCUGGCGGAGUGAGCCAAGGAUAGAUUUCAAAUCGAUCUCGCUCGAUCAUGUCCUUGAAUACGAUCUACCCUCUGAUCUCUCUAACCCCUCAAACCAAUCGGAAUGUCUUGGCUUUCCUUCGGUUGGUGAUCGUUUGUCUGAUUGCUGGCGCGGCGGUUUCCUCUCGACUGUUUGCUGUCAUUCGGCAUGAGUCGAUCAUCCAUGAAUUCGAUCCCUGGUUCAACUAUCGUGCUUCAAAAAUCUUGACCGAACAAGGCUUUCAUGCAUUCUGGAAUUGGUUCGAUCAAACGGCUUGGUACCCUCUUGGUCGGGUCGUCGGUGGGACGAUUUAUCCUGGGUUGAUGGUCACCAGUGGCCUGAUUUGGAACGUCUUUCGACUCUUCAAUAUCCCGAUCGACAUUCGCAACAUCUGUGUGCUACUCGCCCCCGGUUUCUCUGGCUUGACGGCCUAUGCUACCUACUUAUUUGCCAGAGAAUUGGGCCAAAAGACUAACUCGAAAGGCGCUGCUCAAACCAAAACGGUGGGUGAAACCGGCGAAGGCACUGGGCUGUGGGCUGCUCUCUUUAUCGGUAUCGCCCCUGGUUACAUCUCUCGAUCAGUCGCAGGCUCGUACGAUAACGAAGCUAUUGCGAUCUUCAUCCUCAUGACCACAUUUUACCUCUGGAUCAAAGCAUUGAAGCAAGGCUCUGCUCUCUACGGAUCGAUGGCUGCGCUCUUCUACUUCUACAUGGUGGCUGCUUGGGGAGGUUAUGCAUUCAUCACCAACAUGCUCCCCUUACAUGCAUUUGUCCUUAUCCUCAUGGGUCGGUUCACCAACAAGCUUUACGUGGCUUAUUCCAGCUUCUACGCUAUCGGAACUCUGGCGAGUAUGCAAGUACCUUUUGUUGGUUUUCAACCGAUCCGAACUUCUGAACACAUGGCUGCUCUUGGAGUCUUUGGCCUCUUACAACUUGUGGCCUUUGUCGAACUGGUUCGAAGUCACGUGUCGAGUAAACAAUUCAAAUUGCUCCUGCAAAUCGGAGUGACUAGCUUUGGUGUACUGGCCUUUGGAGCUUUAGUCUUCAUGACCAAACAAGGAUGGAUUGCGCCAUGGACCGGUCGAUUUUACUCACUCUUCGAUACCGGUUAUGCCAAGAUUCACAUCCCGAUCAUUGCCUCCGUCUCCGAGCACCAACCGACAGCAUGGACGAGCUUCUUCUUCGACCUGCAGAUGCUGAUCUACCUCUUCCCAGCAGGAGUUUAUCUCUGCUUCCGGGAAUUACGAGAUGAACACGUCUUUGUUAUCAUCUAUUCGGUCCUCGGUAGUUACUUUGCUGGAGUGAUGGUUCGAUUGAUGUUGACUCUGACUCCGAUCGUGUGUAUUGCUGCGGCGAUGAUCGUCUCAUCAAUCUUUGACCUUUACCUCGACCCUGCCCAACCGGAUAGCGUGGAUUUUGGGACGCCAUCGACGACUAGUUCGAUCGAAUCUAGCUCACCCAUCGAGUCAUUCGGCAGUAGCGCAUCCUCAUCCGGCUCGGCCCCCGGUAGCGCUCGUAAACCAAAGAAAGGACACUCUGCUGCCAGCUCGAUCUCAUCUGUAUCCUCUGUGGGAUCGGUGAAAUCGACUCGGUCGACUCGGUCGAGUGCCUCUAGUGCCUCCUCUGCUUACACCCAAGUACCAUGUAUCUCUGCGAUCUAUGGUUCAGAUACUCGAUUGGCAUUGGUCUCAGCCUUCACGUUUAUGUUACUCCUGUUUGUGUUGCAUUGUACUUGGGUUACCUCGACUGCCUAUUCAUCACCUUCGGUCGUCCUGGCAUCCAAGAAUCCGGAUGGAUCUACUAAUAUCAUCGACGAUUUCCGGGAAGCUUAUUAUUGGUUGAGGAUGAAUACUAAGAAGGAUGCGAAGAUUAUGAGCUGGUGGGACUAUGGAUAUCAGAUCGCUGGGAUGGCCGACCGGACGACGUUGGUUGAUAAUAACACGUGGAAUAACACCCAUAUCGCGACAGUCGGAAAGGCGAUGGCAUCCAAGGAAGAAGUCUCGUACCCAAUCCUGCGUAAACAUGAUGUGGACUAUGUGCUCGUGAUCUUUGGUGGUCUGUUGGGCUUUAGUGGGGAUGAUAUCAAUAAGUUCUUGUGGAUGGUCAGGAUUGCGGAAGGGGUUUGGCCGAGUGAGGUCCAGGAAAGCUCCUUCUUUAGCGCUAGAGGAGAAUAUAAGGUGGAUGAUGAAGCGUCUAGUACGAUGAAGAAUUGUUUGAUGUAUAAGAUGAGUUAUUAUGACUUUGAUAAACUAUUUGGAGGCCAACGAGCACAAGACCGAGUGAGAGGACAAGUAUUACCCCAAGUUGGGCCGAGUUUGGAUACCUUGGAGGAAGCCUUUACGUCUGAGAACUGGAUCGUGCGUGUCUAUAAGGUCAAGGAGGAGGACUUCUUGGGCAGGAAUCAUAAGGAUGCUAAGGCAUUCUUGGCUGGUAAAAAGAAGAAGGCGGGGGCUAGUAGGAAGAGGAAGAAUCGGAGACAAUCUAGGGCUUGAUCCUUUUCUUUUCUUUUCUUCUCUCUCUCUCUCUAUAGCUCUACUCUGAAAAAAAAAAUUCAUUCAUCAAAUUGAACUCUUUUUGUUGGCUCUGUUUAUCAAUUCAUUUUCAUUUUCUUUUUUUUGCUUUACUUGUCUUUUUCUUCCUUUCUUAAGCAAUCUUUUCCUUUUUUUUUCUGAGAACCACCAUGUCAAUUCCUAAAAAAAACAUAUCUAGACAAACAGAAAAUAUCAAACAACAAGAUCAGUCUUGUGUGUGUGUGUGAUUUGAGAAU